AUUUCAAAUUGGCCAAUCAAUCUACCAAAGAAAUUCAUCAUGGUGGGCUUCUCCUUUGGACUGAAAAAGGCUGCCGCCUCCUCGAAACCAGCGCCGGCCAAGAGGAAGCCCACGACCUUUGGCGGCGAUGACGAUGACGAAAACACGACAGUCGGUGAUGGCCAGCCCAAGCCCAUCGCCGCUGUUGAGAUCACCGAACUGGACGGUUUCGACGACAACACGAGCACACCCCUAGAGGCAGUAGACGAGGGCCGAAAAUCAAAAAAGAAAUCAAAGGGACUACCACAACCACCACUGCCUAUAUCGGCAACAACAUCAUCAUCAUCAUCAAAUAAGAAAGCACCUCUUCCCGUCGCCGCCGCCGCUCAAUUUGGCAACCUCUCCUCCGCCCUCGAAUCGCGUAAAUACGCUCAAGCUGCCGCCACCGCCGACCCCUCCAUCUACGACUACGACGCCGUCUAUGAUUCCCUCAAGGCGCCCAAGAAGCAAGAGAAAGAAGCCGACAGCAAGGAAGGCAAGCGGCCGCGCUACUUUGAUGCUUUACAAAAGGCCGCCGAGACGCGCGAGCGCGACCGGACCAUCGCCGAAGAAAAAAGACUAAAACGGGAGCGCGAGGCCGAGGGGGACGCGUUUGCCGAUAAAGAAAAAUUCGUCACAGAGGCGUACAAGCGCCAGCAGGAAGAAAACCGACGACUGGAAGAAGAAGAAAAGAAGAGGGAGGAGGAAGAGGCCAAGAAGAACAAGAAUAAGGGCUUGACGGACUUUUAUAAGCAGAUGCUGGAGAAGGAGGAGCAGGAGCAUGCGGCCAAGAUGAAGGCUGUUGAGGAGCGGGUUAAGGCUGGGCCUGGAGAAGCAGCACAGCAGAAGAAUGAGGGAGAAGAAGACCCGGACACGGAAAAGUCGGCGACAGAAAGGGCAAAGGAGAUUAACGCCAUGGGCGGAAAUGUGAUUAUCAAUGAUGACGGUGAGGUGGUCGACAAACGACAGCUGCUCAAGGGUGGUUUAAACGUGGCGCCCAAGAAGAAGGUGGAACACCAACAAGAGAAGGCUCGACAGGCCGCAAAGCCUGCUGGGGCAAGCGGACCAGCCAAGGGCGUGUUCCAGGGUGGCAGCAAGCAGGCAAUGCGGGAAAGGCAGACGCGCAUGCUGGAGGCUCAGCUUGAGGAGAGGCUUAAGCGGGCGAGAGAGGAGGAAGAAGAAGAGAGGAAGAAGGUUGAGCUGGUGUCCAAGAGCAGGAAGACGGAGGCGGAUAUCUCGAGCGCGAAGGAGCGGUACCUGGCGAGAAAGAGGGCGGCUGAGGAGGCGAAGAAGAAGGGGCUGGAGGAGGGUGGUGCGCCGUAGUUCUGUUCUUGACAGCUCGGUUUUGUUAUCUUUCAAGUUGUUCAUUAUCAGUAGUAGUUGUUGUUGACAUGAGAUACCCCUUUCUUCUUG